GUGAGAUGUAGUAGCCGACGCCAUUUUUUAACGGAGGCGAUCCUACAACAAAGUUGCUUCAUCAAUCUAGUUAUUGUAAACUCUAGCUGAAUUUUGCAUUACUAAAAAGGAUACCAAUAAGGUAAAAUGAUUAUUUUAGAAAAAAAGGAGCUCUAAAAAUGCUUCACGUAAUAGAAAAUACUUUCUUUAUUAAUUUGUCAUCCCUGAGUAUGGUAGCGCCCAAACCAGGCGAUUUAAUCCUUGUAGUAUGGGGGUGUCUACAAUUUUAACGGCAAAUAAACUAGUCGAAAUGGUUUCUUUCAGGUCACCUAAAAAUGGACGAAGAAGAAAACAAUGGAGAACCAUCAAGUUCCGAUGGAUGGCCCUCAACCACUCAAUACGAUCAAAUUAUGCAAAUAACCAGAUCCCAUUAUAUCUCUUCAAAUCAAUACGAAAAUCAAGCAGGACCGUCCACUAAUUUUUCGGUUUCUGAUUUGAAUGUUUCCGACCAAGACUAUGCAGUACAGUUCUUAAUACCAAACGGAGAAUCUCAUAUACUGGCUCCAUCAACUUCUAAUGUAUCUUCAAGAACCUAUUCCGAUACUUCGGAGGCUUCUCCUUUAGUUCAUUCUUUAGACAGAUUGGUCAAAAGUCAUGGAUUAGAUAGUUUUCAGAAUGAGCCUGAUACAACCCAAGAAGACAGUCAGGAUCAUUUAAGUCAAAUUCAAGCAGAAAGAAUUAUAGCUGAAGCUGCAAUAUCCGAUUCGAAUGCGGUUGUGGACAGUUCCAGUGGAGUCUUAGAUUCUACUGUCAGUCAAAGCUCACCAAAUAUUGACGCAUGUCAACCGUCGACCACGUUGGAUGCGAGUAUUGAUACUACAAUGAAAACACCUAAUUCUGUUGUCCAAGCAAGAAUUAUUGAAAAUUCAGAUUUGGUAAUAACUUGUCAAGAUAGUGACAUACAGUCGACUGAGAGGAAAGCAAAGAGAGGUGUUGGUAUGGAAGAUUUCGAUGGAUACUUUAGGGUUAUGGAGUACAACGUGAAUCAAUUUUGGUGUCAAGACUGCAGCAAAUAUUAUGACGAAGAAUGUCUUAUACAUAAUAUACUCUCAGUUCCUGAUAAACCUGUCGAUUCGAAAGCUCGUGCCACUUGUCCUGCCCAAUUAUGUAUUGGAAAAAUCGAUGGUCAAGAAGGCGUUGGUCUGUUUGCUAAAAAGAAAAUUUUGAAAAGAACAAGAUUUGGACCAUUUGAAGCAGAAUAUGAAAGAGAAUCUGAUGGGCAAGGCUUUAUUCUUCCUAUUGAAGAUAGCGAAACAAAAAAUAUUGUCUACAUUCAGGCAACAGAUGAAUCGAUCUGCAACUGGAUGAUGUUCGUGAGGCCAGCAACUGAUCACAGGCAUCAAAAUUUAAUGGCUUACCAACACGGGGGCCAUAUUUACUACAACGCUUUAAGAGAUAUUGAUGUCAGAGAAGAGCUUAGAGUUUGGUAUGCACCGCCGUAUGCGGCAAGAUGGGAUUUUGAGUUGUUGAAAGUUGAUCAUGAAGGAAUCGCCGAAUCGGACAAAAAAUACAAAUGUUUUGAAUGUUCGGCAAGUUUUGAGACACCAUCAAAGUUUGAAGCUCAUUUAAGUCAGCACGAAGCGGAAGAAGAAAGGGAAGAAGCACGACUGAAAGUAUCUUUGAAAGGCAAAAGAGGACGUAAUAAGGAUAAUGAUUACAUACAAGCCAAUUUGAAAAAGCGCAAAAGUUCUAUCUACUUGAAUAGAUUAUCGAGGGAUUCUGUUAAACGAUCUUUAAGGAGAGUACAACAACGAAGAGUGUCAUGUAGUGUCUGCAAUAUGGCUUUCGAUGAUACUAGAAUUCUAAGUAUACAUGCAACUUCACACGAAGAACAUCCUGUUGAGUCAAUAGACUAUGAAAAUUUAACGUGCCCAGUUUGUAACAAGACUUUCGUGUCGCAUGGAGAAUUAGUAGAGCAUACCACAAGUCACGCUCGGGUUAGACUGUCAAUGAAGAAAGCACGUUUUAAGCCGUUUACGUGUUCAACUUGUCUUAAAAAAUUUACAACUCAUGAACGGCUAGAGGCCCACAGAAAAGUUCAUACUGGAGGUGAUGAAGUCAGACCAUUAACUUGUAGUGUCUGUAAAAGAAAGUUAAUGAAUAACUCUGCUUUGGCAUGUCAUAUGAAGACACAUUCUAGCGAUAAAUUUUUUGAUUGCCCAAUUUGUGACGAAAAAUUUGAUCAAGUUCAUAACUUAAAAGUACAUGUCAAAGGCCAUUCGGUGAAUGGAUGCUAUUUUUGUCCAAAAUGUCCUAAAAAAUUUACCGAAUAUGUACACAUCAGAAAACACAUGAAAGCCGUACACGGUGAUAAAUGUUUCCAGUGCAGUCAAUGUCCAAAAUCCUUUCCGAGAGCGGAUAAACUGCGUUUGCACAUGCUAGUUCAUUCGGAUAAAAAAGAGUUCAUGUGCGAUCAAUGCGGUCGGCAAUUUAAAAGAAAAGAUAAACUAAAAGAUCAUACAGCCCGAAUACAUAAUGCUGACCGUAAACCUCGUCACCGUAUUGGUACAAGUCAAAGACGAUCUAAUCAACAAGAUGAUGAUAGUGAGCUACAGUCCUGUCGCGCAAAUAAGGUUCCUCCGACUGAGUAUCAACGUUACGUAUACAAGUGUGAAACUUGUAUGCUGGGAUUUAAGCGUAGAGGAAUGUUGGUUAAUCAUUUGGCCAAGCGUCACCCCCAAAUGUCAAUUGAAGAAGUUCCCGAGUUGACCUAUCCGAUUUUGAAGACACAGAGGGAUUAUUAUUGUCAGUAUUGUGAUAAAACAUAUAAAAGCAGCUCUAAGAGAAAGGCGCAUAUUCUAAAACAUCACCCUGGUCAGGAAUUACCGCCUUCAGGCAGACAUAGUACAAUGGAUGAGGGAGAUAAUACAUUUAGCACGCCAGUUGGAAAUAUGACUGUCACUCCCCACGCAUGCAAUAUGUGCCAUAAGCAAUAUGCUAGUAGAGCAAAAUUAUUUCAACAUCAAAGAAAAGACCAUCCACAACAUAAUUUGGCCCCACCGUUACUUAAAAAGAAAGCCACAAAAUUACCCACUGAUAAUCAAACUCAAUUAGUCGGACAGAUAUUGGUACAGGAUGGUACUGGUGGAGCUGGUCAUACUCUCCUUGUGCCUCAGCAUCAAUUUGUCUUUCAAAAUGAUCAGGGUACUAGUGAUCAACUGCAAUUGAUAACCUUCAAUGGAAAUGACCUGCUGCAGCAAGCUGUUUGUGAGGCUAUCUCUCCAGAUCAGCGUCUAAACGUUUUACAGCUACAGCAAUUUGGAAAUGAAAACACCAUAACAUUGAAGAGUGGAAAUGAAGGUACCUCUACUCUGACCCAUUUCGAAUCGCAAGAAGACAAUUUGUAA